AUGUCGAUGCUCUUCAACAAUACAUCGACGAAAAUGAGCCAAAGUUGCUUCAGGACCAGGAGCACAAAUUACAGCACUGUCUAUGCUUCAAUUUGUGAAUGCAAAGGAGGUAUUUUCCUUUUAGAUGCCCCAGGAGGAACUGGUAAAACAUUUGUGACUAAACUCCUCCUUGCAAAAGUACGCCAGCAAAAGGAGAUCGCUUUAACUGUAGCUUCUUCCAGAAUUGCCAUGACUCUACUGCCCCAGGGUAGGACAGCUCAUUCGACCUUCAAACUCCCGUUCUAUGCUUCUGUGUCCAACUCAGCCACCUGCAAUAUUACAAAAGUCUCAGACAAAGCAGAAGUGCUGUGA